AUGCCAGAACUUUCUGGUUUCGAGAAAUAUUUUUAUUUUAGAAGUAAAUUGGACAUCCAUUCGUGCUUUUUCAUAGGUAUACAGUUGAAUGAGAUUCCAGCGUCGAGAACGCUGUCAUUCGCCCUACGCCAAGCGAUUGCUAAGUUUCCUGAGUUGCACUCGAAUGUGACGGUGGACAAAAAACCUGCUAUCGUUUCUAUUAGAGGGCCACUGCAAUUUGAAGAUGUAGUGGUGGAAACCGAGUACCAAACAGUUGGCCAAGAAGAAACCAACGAGAUCUUUGAUAAGGUGUCAUUUGAAUACGGUGUUGAUAGACCGCUAUGGAAGAUUCUCGUUGUGAGACAUAGCAACCAAUUACUCUUGUGCAUGGAUCAUGUCCUGUUCGAUGGGAUAUCUGGUGUCAAUAUCUGGACUGAAAUUCUGAACGAAUUGAACUCGAGCAAUAUUCAACCUGGUGCUACCGAGCGAAUUGUUUUUAAUGGUGAGAGUGCUGCCCCAAGUGUAAGAAGUCACCCUUAUGCUCAAUUCGCCAUGCCCCUUGUGUGGAAGUUGAAGUACUGGUUUGUCUUGGCAUUGAGUUAUUCCGAUUCAUUUUACCACGCUCUACACGGCACCUCUGCGGGACAGAUACAAUUCCCUAAGUACAAAAUGCAAGGAGGGUUGCUGUCGGAAACGCAAAAGAUCAGAAACGAUAAUUGUCGUUUUAAAGUCAGUCUCACACCCGUCGAAUUGCAAGCAGUCCAGCAAAAAUGUCGAGACGAAAACGUAUCGCUGACCUGCUGCCUUGCUGCCAUGCUAAGUGCAGCUUUGAAUCAUGUAGACGUUUCCAGUCGUCAGGGUACCACCGUCAAAGUAGAUAUUCCAAUUAACACACGGCCGCUACUGGCUGAGACUUUGAAUCUGGACCCAAGCGAUAUCAAAGUGGGCAAUUUUGUGAAACCUGCAGAACUGAAAUUCGAACUUAAUCAAGGUACUGUCGAUCGGUGGGCCACUGCACGCACGUUUGCCGCGCAGUUGAAGAAAGAAAGACGGAACUUGGACCCGCUCUACGCGGUCAAAUUGAUGGACGCCCUGGACGUUGCCAAAUACAUUGAAACCCAGAAAAAAACUGAGUAUCCAGCCGGAACAUUUGAAAUUACUAACGUGGGCUUACAGUCAUUCGGAACAUCCCCCGAGGACAAGUUCCAGGUGAUAGAUGCACUUUUCGACGAGCCUCAGGGCUUGUCAGACGUCUUUACGCUCGCCACGGUCUCUACUCCCACCGGGGGACUCAAUUGUUCUCUAAGCUACCCUCAAGUGCUAUCCAACGAUCUCAGACCGGCAUUUGAGGCCUUCUACAAUGAGCUAAAGGGUCUGAUCUAG